GUUUUCUCUGCAUUCACGUCCCCUCAUCUCAUUCGAUUGCUUCUUUUGCGCACACAUCGGUCCGGCCCUCAGCGUGUACGCGCGCAUUUAUUUACAUUUACAUAUAAGCCAGGUUUCAGAUCGCCCAGGUCUUGAUAAUGUGGUAUGGUUCUUCAGUUGCAGCGCAAUCACACACAUGUUUUUUUCCGUCUUCUCAUGUCUACAUGCACACCAGUCUGCCCCUUAGUUGUUAAGCUUUUGGGCCCUCCCACGCGGGGGGCGUGUGUGUGUGAAACCCUUGGAAUGAAAGGGUGCCUUUUGGCUUUCAAAAACGCAGGGGUCACAUUGCAGUUGAUUGCAAGGGCUGCAAUCGUGGUUGAUAUCUGGAAAGGACGCUUUUCAGACGUACCUGCUUUCUCUUGAACUGUUGAUCAAGCUGUGACUCUACUCUCCUGUAAAGUGCUAAUGAGUUCUGCAGGCAAGUGCUCGCCGUUCGGAUUCUCGUCGCGUUCUUCGAGCUCAUGCCUUUGGAAUUUGGGUUCAUGGUCAAAUUGUCUUACGCACUUUUACUCUGACUUCUUAAGCGUUCAUACCUAGGUGGGCGUGUGGCAAGUGGCUUUCAGUUCAGUACGCAUUUUCCGACGUGUGCAUGGGUAAUGAUUUGCCCACGGGACUCUUCAAGUGGCAUAUCAUGUUCCAACCUCCGAUAGUUUUUGUGUUUGAUGAAAGCGUCAAAGUGAACAUGUUUGCACCGGAACAAUGCAAAUAUCAGUGAUUUGUCAAAACGUUUUCUUGUGAUUGUUUGACACAUCCUUCGUGUGUGACUGUUGUAAUCCCACAUUCCUAGAUGGCGGUGUCCACUCGACAUGUGCUCUCCAGAAUGGUGGCGAAAGAUGUCGGCAACGACGACGACAACUAUCCUGUCAAAACCAAUCCCUUGCUGGAUAAGAAAUCUGCAGGACGAGCGAUUGCAGAGGGCUUCGCCAAUUGGAUGGAAACGACGUUCAAUUGCAAAGCCGAUGACAUCCCCAAGCAUCCUUCAAUGAUCCAGGAAGAAAUGGAGGUUGUAAAGGCUUUGGAUUGGAAGGUGCAUUACCCUUGCUUAGAGCGGUGGCUUUGCUUGUAUUCAACUCGCUUCAGCGGGCUCAUAGGUGUUCGGAGCGCUGCGCAGUUUGAGGGGAUGAAGGAGUUUGUUCGGACGUCGGCGCGCGCGAUUCUUACGACGAAUGAAACGGUUGCGCAAGAUCUUAGUCAUGGAGAUUUGGCCUUGGGCCUCUUUUGCUCGAGCUUGGUGCGAGGAGGAUACCUGCCACUGAUGAGCUUAAAGCCAGAGGAGGUCGACGAAACCGAAUGGUCUGAUUUGUUUAUCUUGGUUGCUCCCCAAGAACUCGGAGGAAAGGCCGAAGAGCGUGCAUCGGCGUCAUCCCAGAUUCUUGAGCUGUUGUGCAUGGUUGUGCAGGAAGAUGAGAAGGAGAUUUGUCAGAAAGUUCAUCAUGCUGUUCGAGAAUUGAAGUGGGCUGCUCGUUGGAUUCACAACUACCGCCGCAAUGUGAGGUAUGGCCAGGCGCCUCUCCAAGUUCUUGCCGCUGCCUGAAGUGAGCAGUUGUGUGACGGGGCUGUGACUCUGUGCGAGUCAUCGUAUUUAGAUACCGCAUCUGAUAGGAUAUCUAUCGAAGAACAGACUGGAUAGUGUGGGGGCGCUCCUCACUGGUCACCUGCCAUAAGGGCAGGAUUCCCAGAGAUUCGCUGAAAGGGGCUGUUUGUGGAGUAUUGACCAAUGUUGAACGUUUGGUCAAUGUUGUUCUUCGUCCAUUUUUUUAAGCAAACAGGCUGUGUGGGAGUUCCAAACAUGCCCGAAAGGACCACGAUGUGGUACUGGGUUACUGUACUGUUGUACAGUUUUUUUUCGGUCAAGCGGCUUUAGGUUGAAAAUUGUGUUUUU